AUAAAUUAAGGACCACCAAUGCCAAUAGCUGCACCACCAUCAGCAUAUUCUCAAGUCUCGUAAGAGCAAAGCUUUUCUCACUUUCUGUAAUCUGCACAGACAACGUAUCCAUCUACACCGUCUUUCCAUCAACAAUGUCGGUCCCUGACCUAGAGUUUUCCACUUCACUUCUUCUUUGCCUCAUUCCGCUACUCUGCUUCUUCCUGAAAACUACUCUGACAAACUUCUUCUCAUCCAAGGCCGGUAAGCUUCCAAGAUCAUACCCCUUAAUCGGUUCAUACUUCGCCAUUAAAGCAAACAUGCACCGCCGAGCUGAAUGGACUGGCGAAAUCGUGACCACCUUACCCAACUUGACCUUCACUCUUCGCCGCCCACUUGGCCACAGCCAAGUCUUCACCGCCAACCCCGCCAACGUCCAGCACAUACUCAAAACCAACUUCUCACGUUACCGAAAGGGAGAACUCAUGCACGUAACCAACAGAGACUUCCUCGGUGACGGUAUCUUCAAUAUAGACGGAGAAAAAUGGAAAUUCCAGAGACAAGUAUCCAGUCACGAGUUCAACACAAAAUCCCUGCGUAAGUUCGUGGAAACAGUAGCGGAAACCGAGCUGUCCGAACGCCUCAUCCCAAUCUUAACCUCGGCUGCAGCUAAUAAAACGGUUCUCGAUCUCCAAGACAUACUUCAGAGAUUUGCUUUUGACAAUAUUUGCAAAGUAGCAUUUGGCUACGACCCUGCAUAUCUAUUACCAUCUCUCCCUGAGGCCGAAUUCCCCGUGGCUUUUGAAGAUGCCACUCGUCUCAUUAGCGAAAGGCUCAACUCCCCUCUACCGCUAGUCUGGAAAAUCAAGCGCGUUUUCAAUGUUGGGUCUGAAAAGCAGCUCAAGGAAGCUGUGCGGAUAGUUCGUGAAUUUGCCAAAGAAGUCGUGAGGGAGAAAAAGCAGGAACUGAGAGAAAAGUCAUCAAUUGGUUCAGUUGAUAUUCUAUCUCGAUUCUUGACCUCUGGCUACUACAACGAAGAAUUUGUUACCGAUGUAGUGAUCAGCUUCAUCUUAGCCGGUCGGGAUACGACAUCCGCUGCGUUAAUAUGGUUCUUCUGGUUAGUCUUUUGCGACCCACGGGUGGAAAAGGAAAUUUUGAGGGAAAUCAGAGAGAAAUCCGAAUCCCCAGUUUAUGAUGAAGUGAAGGAUAUGACUUACACACACGCUUCGCUAUGCGAAACCAUGAGGCUUUAUCCGCCGGUGCCGCUGGAUACCAAGGUAGCUAUGAAGCAUGAUGUCUUGCCUGACGGGACAGCUGUGAAGAAGGGUACGAAGGUAAUAUACCAUCCCUACGCUAUGGGGAGAGUGGAGGCAGUGUGGGGGGAGGACUGGGCGGAUUUCAGGCCGGAGAGGUGGUUGGAGGAGGAGGCGGCAGGGGAUGGGGAGGGGAAGUGGAAGUUUGUGGCAAGGGAUCCUUACACGUAUCCGGUUUUUCAGGCGGGGCCCAGAGUGUGUCUGGGGAAGGACAUGGCGUUCUUGCAAAUGAAGAAGGUGGUGGCUGGUGUAUUGCGACGGUUCAGGGUAGUCCCGGCGUUGGAAGAAGGAGAGAAGCCGGUGUUCGUAUCGUACUUGACAUCCAAGAUGAAGGGUGGGUUUCCGGUGAGGAUAGAGGAGAGGGUGGAGUAGUCUUGCUGUUUGUUGACUGCUGGCAAACUGAUCACUAAACUGAUUAGACUGUUACGUCGUCAGUUUUACAAUUGUAUCAGUCAUAGUCUUGAGAAAUUGGAUUUGAAAGAAAUUGGAUUGUAAUGCAAUUGCUGUGAACAUUCAAAUCCAAUUUUGGUAUAGAAUUUUGAUGAACCUUUUGUUUCUUGAGGCUAA